CUGGAGGAUGUGCGCGUUCUGAUUAACGGCGAGUUGCACCUCGCAGAAGGCCUCAAGACCAAGAUGAUCUUCAAGCAGAAUCAGGGCACUGCGGUGCAGUCGAGGCGUCUGUCUCGGAGGACAUCCACCGGCACUCAGGGUGCCGUGGUGAUGCUUGAGAUCGAGAACGAGGGCCCAACCACGGUUGCCCCUGUCGAAGUAGCCCAGGAGAUGCAGAAGCAGGUGAAGAGCAGCAGCACAGGUGCCAUCAAGGCACUGACGGACCUCGGCACGGUCAACACGAAGGUCGGUGUCCGCGUGGCCUUGGAGAAAAAACAGAUCACCACUCGC